UUCUCCCUCCUGCGAGCAGCCACGCUUUGGCUUUCAUGAAUCACUCACACAUUUAUUAUUCGGCUUUACUAAAAUCACUCUCGUUUUUUUAAGUGGAUGAUACGAAUAAUAUAAUUUGAUAGCCGAAAAUAAAACUAAAAGUGGAUUUGUUGCGGAUAAGUCGACGUUAGCAACAAAGUAGCCGCUCGCGCGCAGUGGUGGAGUUCUCAAUUAUUGUAACUUUUUAUGUUUUUUUUUCUCCAAAGAACGAGAGCUUCACGCUUUUAGGCGCACGGUGCGUUGAAAAAUAACUAUUUACAGAAAAUAUAAAAUAGCAUAUUUUUUAUUGUGCGUUCUUUGGUUGCCUAUGACAGUGGUUAUCCGGGGGCAACGUCUAACAGCUUUAUAGCGUCAACCCACCCUGGAUGGAGCAAUCCGGUUAACUUUAUAGCAAUAGCAAAACUCUGUUUGUAGAUCAAUUGUCAUCGUGCACGGUUAGUGUGAGCUGGAUAUCCCGCCACGGCACUAUGGGCUGCGGGUUGAGGAAACUGGAAGACCCAGAGGACAGUAGCCCCGGGAAGAUAUACUCCACUCUGAAGAGACCGCAAGUGGAGACCAUAACAGACACCGUUUACGAGUAUGUGCUACUGGACUUCAGUUUUGAAGGUAGUCGCCCCACUGUGCAGUAUAUGUCCUCUCUGUGUGAGCUGCCACAGGCCCUGCAGCCCUACUACAUCCAGGGCUAUGUCCUCACCACCCUACAUCCCAUUAUCCUCUCUGUUGGACGCACACGCUCCCUGCCCUUCAGCAUGCUCUACCGAGCCAUCCUCACCCGCCCACGACCCAGCAAGCAGGCGGUGUCCAUGUGUCACAGUGUUCCGGUGUUGAAGGUGGAGGAGUGGCCUAUCACAGGACAGUCUCUGACGGGUGACAAUGUUAGAGCACUGAUUGACAGGGUGAACAGUCAUGCCCAGGGGGGCGUGAGGUUUGUGGGCUCGGUGCUCCAGCCGGCUGGAGGAGGGGCCAGUAACGAUAGGAUGCCUAGCCCCAGGAGGGGCUGCCGAUCACUCCCACGCACUCCUCCAUGUACCCCUCCUGGUGAUGGAGACACAGACCUGGAGGAGCACAGCCCUACCAACAGCCCUGACCUGAGGUUGCUGGUGUUUUUCCACUCGUGGGCACCAGGCUGUGCUCCUCUGGAUGCUCUGGCCUGCCAGUACCACCAGGGGGCGCUGUCUAUGCGCGUGUCCAGGAAGGGUCAGAUGGUCAGCUCGCUGGAGGCCGAUUGGCUGGCGCUGACUGCAGCCUACUACCGCAAAGGCUGGUCAUUGGUGGACUCGUUUGUGUACUGGGACACACCCAAAGGUGAGCCCGAGCCCAGGUCACUAGAGGGGCUGUUUGUCUAUGAGGAGAGAAGCACUGCCCCUCCUGCCAAUGACACUAUCGUAGUGGAGCAGUGGAUCGCCAUCGAGGGUUCUGAUGUGAAGACAGAUUACGGGCCACUCCUUCACACACUGGCUGAGUUCGGCUGGCUGCUCACCUGUGUCCUGCCCACACAUAUCAUCCGCCAUGACAGUGAUGGUAACCUGGCAACCAAGCAUGUGGUGUUCCUACAGAGACCAAUCAAGACCUCUUCAAUACCACAGAGGAACCAUGCCGGGUCCAUUCAGAGCGACGUGUCCACUCGCUCUGUGAGUCGAGGUGUGGACAGCCCCCUAACACCCCCCAAUGUGGAGUUGUCCCCCACCGCUGGGGGUAUCGGGGGUUUCCCUGUCUUCGGAGGGGGGUACCCCAGCACCCUGUCCCACCUAGAGGGGGGCUUCGAGCAUGAUGACGGGGCAGCAGAGGUGACCUGCAUGUGACCCCUGAAUUGGACACAUAUACACCCCCAUCUAUCCUCUAAUCGCUUCCCUAACCAAGAAGACUAGAAAAGAUUAGAAAAGCAAAACUUGGCACUGUUUUUUAAAAUGAUGAAGUGUUAUUUUUAUACAUUUUGUUGGGAAAAGCAAGCUGUCGAGACACCUUUGUUCGUACCCUCACACAUAUGCACUUAACAGUCCAGAUUCACACAUCUCACCGUUCACACAGCACCUUUUUCAUAUGAGAAAGAACACACAUUCACACAACUGUGACCAGCAGAAAGCACAGGACAUCUCCACAAUGACCGGGGGAACCAGGAAGAAGCUUCCAUGCAGACAAACACAGACCACUGGAUUGAACUCUGACCAACUACACACCUGGUUGUUGGAACGUGUCCCCAUGUUUUGGGACCCCCUCCCCAAGAACUGCCAACACCUCGGUUCAAUACAACUUUCUCAUCCUCUGACGUGUAACAUCACACCUACUCUGGCACAUGGUGACACGGGCCAGAAGCACAGCUACAUUGGGUUGAAUACAUUGUAGUGCAGCUGACUAGGUAUUCCCUUUCCUGCCACCAGCUCCUCUCCCCUGUUGUCUCAAACACACCCAGCUGGAUGGAAACGUACCAGGUGGACAAAUACACGCUCGCUGUGUGUUGGUGCUACUGUCCAGGGCCUUGCAGCAUUCAGCAAUAUUAUUCAAACAGACAUCUUCCUGUGAUAGUUGUCAAACUAGGGGUGUUUGAGUUCAGGCCUAGAGAAGAUUAUCUGUACAGUAAUUGCAUGGGUGAGUUUUAUUUCCACAUAAGACUGCCAAGCCACAGGGUUGCCUGGGAAUGAAUUGAUAACAUACUGAACCUUCUCUAGAUAUGUACAUUAGGGCUAUACAUGUAUUGUCUGAUUGGUGCUUAAAUCUAUUGUUCACUGAUCUGUUCAGGAUGUCAUCAUUAGUGUGCAUUUUUUAUUCAUUGGCAUCAGAUUCUAUUCCUGCACUUAUUGUCAUUAGAAACAGCUGGUAGUUAUUUUAUGGUACUGGUUAUCAGGCCUCAAUUGUUUUCAUUCUGCCCAGUGAUUCCUUUCCUCAGACAAAGGCCCUAUUGUGUUACUAAGGGAGAUGGUAUUUGUGUAAGAGAACACCACAAUGAUGGACAUUUGUAAUUAUACAAUCCUUGUUUUGGGGAUGGUGAAAGAAAUCAGUGUUUUCAUUUGAGAAUUUGUAAUAUUUUGCUUCCUUUUGUCAUCAGUGUUUUUCUCCUUAUUCAGCUGUGUCCACUUUAGAAAAACACAUGCCCAUGAUUUCCUCACAUUUACUGACCAAUUAUUUACUUUUAAAGCACUAGGUGAAAUAGGAGAGGCCAUGGACAGGACAAGUUCAUUCUUGACGUUUCCAGCAGUGGCCCCACAUCUGCCUUCUUCAUCCAGGUGUUGAGAGGUGUACACCUCAAAUGUUCCCAUGACUUUUACAAGCUGAAUGUUUUAAAAUAAAGUCAUAACAGAUGGGGCCAAAUUAUACAUAAAGGGAUUUUUGGGGAGUCAACAAAGGGGUAAUAGUUUUUUUUAUUAAGACAAAUGUCGACAGUAACAAAAUGUAAUUAUUUAAAGGAAAAUAAAAGUGGGACGGAUAGACAAGACUCCUCCCACAUAAUAACUUAAUGAUGAGAGCGGUGUGUACUCAGAGCAACACAAGCAUAGAGGGCUUCUGAACCACAAAUGGACCCCUAGCAUCUCUAAACCCUAGGUACACCUGUAAACUAGAGAAGAUUGGAUACAGAGAAGCAUUAUGGUCAUAGCUUCAUCUUGCCUCCAAAUGGGUUUCCUGGAAAUGUCUGCAUAUUCUUCCAGCUAUCCAAGCCUCAGAUCUACAGGAGUGGCAAGGAGUCUAUUUGGAAUUCAAUGAGAGAGAACAAAAGCAACGCGGAGAAAGCAAAGCACCAGCAAACACAUGAUGGGGGGGGGCAGCAGGGGUUAUAUACAGGGAGCCCAUAAAGGUGUGCCUUUGCCAUCAACACAUUAUGGUUAGUAAAUCUAGCUGCUCAAAAGGUUAAAGUAACAUUCCCCACAGUAGUGGGUCUGGCUAGUGUGUAGCUGCAUCAGACAUGGGUUCAAAUACUAUCUGAAAUCUCUUCAAAUACUUUGUUUGCUUUAGCCUGCCU